GAUUAAUCCAUUUCUAUGUCGGGAGAUGUGUAACAGCCAGGUAUCUCCUAUAGCCAGCAAUUAUAUGUCUCGGUGAUUUUGCAUUUCCUCGAUUUGACGCUUAAAUUGGAUAUAUGUAGUCAUAAGCGUAAAAGUUCUGCAAUGCACUACGUCUAAGAAACGACACAGAUCGGAAUAACCAAGAUGAUUCCGCAGACAUCAAAACAAGAAAACCUAUGAGGACAAGCUAGAUACAGUAACAUCAUCUUCGUCAAUUCUACGAUUGACUUCGGAUAGUAACAGUCGUACGAUGCCAACUACCGACUUUACAAGCGCAAAUUGGUUAGCAGACGAAAACGAGUUUAAUAGGAGUAACGUUACGACUUCAUGGGCAAACUACAGCGAUGAUGUUCAACCCUUCACAGAAAGCGAUAUCUAUACUUGGUUCAUAAGUUCCACGAUCCUGUGCGUGCUUUCUACGAUCGCUAAUACGUUUUCCAUUCUCGCCAUCAAGAAUAUUCCAGGGAAGCUUACCGGGAACCACAUCUUGUACUUAAACCUUUCAAUUGCCGAUAUAUUAGGUAGUUUGGCGUCUAAUAUCGAGGUCGUAACGCUGGCAUUUGUUGAGCUUUGGCUAACUUCUUUUGAAGAUGUAUUGUCGGCAUUUAAAGGGAUUCUAUACUUCAGGGUAAUUGGCUUCGCCUGUUUUAUUCUUUUCUACAGUGUGUCAGCUUGGACUUUACUGGGAUUCGCCAUACUCCGUUACGUCGCAAUUUGCAGAUCAAUGUACUACCCGAACAUCUACCAGCGCCGUAAGAUCCUCAUCGGUAUUGCAAUGAUAUGGAUGCUAGCGUUGGCGGUCAGCGUUCCGACCCUCUGCCUGUUGAAACUUGGAGAUCCCACCGAAGACCAGUUCUGCACCACGGUCCACUACGUCUGGCCCAUUGUAUUUGCGUUCAUCUCGCUCGUUAUCAUAAUUCUUUACGUCUGCGUGUAUAUUGAGUCAAAACGAGCGAUGGUUCGGGCUAACAGAAUGCAUCCGGGGCAGGAGUACCCAAACCAUCAAUACAAGGCAUUCGUUACGACAUUGCUGUUACUCGCUACGCUCGCAUUAUCCUUUCUUCCCUAUAUAAUCAUCAGAAUUCUGCGUCUGUCUGAUAGAGACCUAAAACUGAAAUUUGCGUACUAUAGAUUCAUCUACUUUCUUCCGUAUAUUAACUUUGGGAGUGACCCAAUAAUUUAUGCCUCGAGGACAAGGGACAUAAGAGAAGGGUAUAGUCGACUGUGGAAGAAGAUCGUGGGCUGUUGUAAACGCUGUUCACGAAGAGAUACGAAGUUUGAAAGGUUGUAUCAUAUUUUAAAGACCCAAUGAGACGAGUAUGGAGUUACCGCGUUAUGCUAUCGGGAGCAUCACAAGACUUGAAACAUAUAAAUGGCGGUAUAAAGACUUUUACAAAUGCAGGCCGUAUCAUGAUGGCGACUCUGGGAGACAGUGUACAUUUAAUAACACGUGUCAGAGACAUGAUGUGAUUAUAUUUUCCAACAAAAAGCAUUCACAGUCUGUGCAUCUCCCGAAGUCUGUUUAAGAGUUUCGACCACAGGUCAUACAUAUGGUGAUGGCGAGUCUGAAAGGAUGAUUAGUAUAGAGGACACAAAUCAUUGGUCAGAAUCCCCAUGACAUCGAUUGCGAGAUGGUCAAAAGACAUAUUAUACAAUUGGUCCAAAGGGGGAAUAAUCCCAGAGUUCAAAGAUGACAUACGCUUAUACUGUAAACCUGUAUUGAGAUGAUAU